CACACCUGCCCGGUACCUUUUAUCCCCCUGAACUUCAAACAUAACGGAGUGAAAGCGACACCGCAACACCUGCCUCGCGCCACAGCGGAGGGUAACCGUCACUAAGUUGUCACUGAGCGCUCCGCCGGUACCGUCAUGGCUCGGCCCGGCUCGGGUGCCCUCCUCUGCCGCAGGGACAUCAAGCUGGACUGCUUCCUGAAGCGGAACACGGAGCGGACGGUGUAUGAACGGAUCCGCGUCUACGAACCGUGCGUGGUGAUUUCAGAGACUGUUAAUAAAGUGCACAUGCACGUGGUGCUGAGCGACGAGUGCGUGUACCUGGCCGAGUACCCGCCGCGGACGCUCACCGAAGCCUUCAGCUUCAGGCGCGUGCGGGACAUCGAGCUGGUCAAUGACCUGCCAGAUUUCCUCCAAGGGAAGGACCGGGAGCUCUGCCAGCACAUUCGAAUCACCUACACCACUGACAAGCCUGCAGCGAAGGGCUGGGAUUGGCUGAGGAGAGACAGGAGAGCUGGACUUCCUCCUGCAGCUCCGCCCUCUCGCAGAUCCAGCAACUGCCCAACAAACACACACACCUUAGAAGGAUAUCCUGCACACAGGAGCCCCAGUGAGAGGGCGACAGAGGAAGUUCACACGUUACCUCCCACACGUUCUGCCUCCUGUCCAAACCCGGAGACUCUGGGCCUCCCAAGGCUCCCACACCCUCCCACCCAGUCUCCCUCUGCAGCAUCCUCCCCCACCUCGCCUCUGUCACCCUCCAGUGACAGACUGAGCGUCCCUGACGCUCGCCCGAUACCGAGGAGGAUCGGUUCAGUUCUGUCCCGCCUGUUGCGAAGAGACUGCGCGGACAGCGGAGAGGAGAGGGAGGUGGAGCUGCAUCUGUACGCUGUAUCACACACGUCCAGACUUUACCACCAUCUACAGAGCUCAUGGAGCAGCUUCAUUAUUAGGUCCACUCUGCUGUUAGACCCGCUCUACAGACGUAGGUGCAGCAUCUCAUCUGUCUCCUCUCCUGGGAGGCGACUUCCCACCAUCAGCUGGGAGCGGACAGCUCACCUGUUUGGUCAGCUGACCUCUGAGCUCCUGCAGGAGGGGAUCAGUUUGGAGAGUCUCUACCUGCUGCUGCAGGAGCUGAGGACUGCCGCUCACCGCAACAUCGCCCUGCGCCGACUCUUCUGGAGGUCCAGUGAGGUUUGCGUCUUCCUGGUUCAGACUCUGGAGGAAUCUCUGCACGGCUGUCAGAGCCUCAGCGGAGUCUACACUGCAGAUCAGCUACUACUGAGCACUCAGGUCGUGCAGACGCUCGCCGUCAUGUUCAGAGAGACGGAGGUGGAACCAGCCAGACUCAGCCUGCUCUCUGCCAAAAAAGGUGCUCUGGCCUCCAGAAUGCUGCUUGCCUUGAUAUGUGAUCCAGAGCUACAAACACAGAACCAAAGAUCUCUGGGUGACUGUGAGCUUCAGGCCUUACUAGCUGAGUAUCUGGACGCCGCCUGCUCUCUGCUCUUUGAGCUGCUGCUUUUAGGCCACGAGGCCUCCAGAUGUUCCUCCGCUGAGAGCUUCUUGACCGUUGGCUGGAUCCUCCGAGUCCUGCAGCCUCAUCCUGACCUGGUACACUUUGUUUNCUACCAGGCCCAGCAGGUGGUGCUGGUCUUGUCAGACCUGCAGGAGUCCUCUCUGACUCCGGUUCAGUCUGUGCUGCUGUACCAGCGCUGUCACCUCCUGCUGGCCUGCCUGCGGCACAACAACCAGCUGGCACAGCACCUGCGGUCCCACUUCAGAGAGGAGUUCAGGUACUUUGUGAAGCUGUCACGUGCCGAGGAGAAGCUGCUGCCUCACUAUCCAAUCAGCCAACCAACUCUUCAGCUGGUCGAGCAGAUCCUGAACCUGCACAGAUGAUGGCACACAAACCGGGUGCUUGUACACCUGGAGACAAGACUGUGACAGUGUGUGUGCCUUUACCAAUGUCUGAGUGAGUUUAUGUUUGGAGCUGUUUGACCACCGCCAUGAACCAAGCUCUAAAUCUGCUGACGAUUCCAGCAGACUAAAUAAAACUACAAUGUGUG